UCUCGAUUGCAUUUGUGUGGGAAAUUUUCCCGUGGACGGCCGUUUUCGUUAAAAAAAAUUUCGAAUUAAAUACAUUUAUCGUUGCGGGAAUGGCAGCAGCACCUGGAAUCGACGGCGUGUACUCCAUUCGGUUGGUCAUAGCCGACUUUUAUAUGGAGAAGCCGCAGUCUGGCCUGGAUCCCUGCUAUUCGGAAUUGCGCGGGAAGGAAAUCAAGCGGGUGCCGAUCAUUCGAGUAUUUGGGGCCAAUUCCGCUGGACAGAAGACCUGCAUGCAUGUGCACGGCGUAUUUCCCUAUUUCUACAUACCAUACGAUAAGAAGGACUUUGAAUCCUUGGAGCGCGGCAUCUUACAGAUCGCCAUGCACCUGGACAAGGCCCUCAAUAUAUCACUGGGACAGGGCAGCUCCAAUGCCCAGCAUGUGUUCAAGAUCCAGUUGGUCAAGGGCAUCCCCUUCUAUGGCUACCAUCGUGUGGAUCAUCAGUUCCUUAAAAUAUACAUGUUCAAUCCCCGUUUCGUGCGACGUGCCGCCAAUCUUCUCCAGAGCGGGGCCAUACUCAGCAAGAACUUCAAUCCACACGAGUCCCACGUUCCCUACAUACUGCAGUUCAUGAUCGACUACAAUCUGUAUGGGAUGAGCUAUCUGCAUGUACCAUUGGAGGUGGUCAAGUUUCGCCGUAGCCAUGAUGAUGAAGUGGUUCCUUAUCCGAAUGUGAAGCCCGAACAGCUGCUGGAGACAUCUAGCGUCAAGAAAAUGGCCUGCAGCUCCUUGGAAGUGGACGUCAGCUCCAACUUCAUACUGAAUCGCUUCCAACUAGUCGCCAAGGGCAAGGGCAGUCACACAAAUCCUGGCAUUGAGGCCAUUUGGAAUGACGAGAAUGUGCGCCGUCAAAAGUUGGCUCAGAGCUACGCCGCAGCAGCCGAUGAGCAGAAACUCAAUGCGAUUCCAGUCCUGCAACUGCCGCCCACACAGCCUCGACUGCAUGUGGAAGUCGCCGAGAGUGAUGUUUUCUACCGCACAGCUCUCGAGAGCAAACUGCUUACCCUGGAGCAGUCGACGCUAUCUGACCAAACCCUGUCAGAUCAGACGCAUCUCGGCAAUGCCACUAUGCAGACCACGUUGCCCAACAGCAAGGAGCAGCGACGCACAUUCAAUCUGCAAAAACUGAUGGCCAACGCUGUUUAUCCCGAAGAAUGCUCCCAGGAUCAGCAGCAGCAGCUGGUGAACGCUUCGUUUAUCCAGAAUCAUGUAGCCAGCAGCAGCAAUAGCAGCCUUUUUGGCGCUUCCUUUGCAGAAAGGGACGAGUCUGCCUGCAUGGAUGAAACGCUGGUGGAUGAGGAACUAGUCUUGAGCCUUACCCAGCCGCAUGGAGCUGUGCCACACGAUGCCACCUUGAGGGAAGAAGACCUGGAACUGCUUGAGGUCCUGCAGCAGCUUGAGGAACAGAGUGCCAAUGAAUCGCGCAUUGAUUUGGACAGCUCGUUGGCGCCCCUGUCGCAGCAGCACAAACACUUUGAGCUAACUCCAGAGCUGUUGGACAAGGAGACAGCAGCAGCUGCUGUCGGUCCUAACUUGGGGUCCGAUGAAGACUGUGAUUCUGAGGAGGAAACGAACACUGGGAGCAAACAUGACUUCUCCACCGCCCUGGACGACAUCGAUGAGCUUUUGCUCAAACUAACUCCAAGUCAACCUACACCCAAAGUGCAGGGGGAGCUAGAUCCCACACCGAAGCUGCCGCAGAUUGAUGGCUCUGAUGAUAAUCAGCGUACACCGAAAAAGUUGAGAGCCAAGGCGAAGGGAAGCCCCCCAAAGACGCCCACUACACCUAAAAGGGAAAGCCUAUUGCGGUCUCCUCGCACACCCAAGUCCAGUGCGGCCAAGAAAUAUGCCCCGCUGCCGCUUACCAUCGGCAGCAGCUCCACGAAGAAAAACGAUGUGGAAGCGGCAGGGAAAUCCAUGAACCCUCGACUCAGUCUACAGCUCGACCAACGACCGGGUAGACAAGGGCCAGAGUUUUCGCUGCGCAAGAAGCUGGCCAUGACGGAGUUACGCCGCAAAAGUGUCGAGGAGUCGUCAAAUAGUUUCGUCCUGUUGCAGAACGACUUCACAUCGCGGCGGAGUACCAGGAGCCGCACCCGCAACCUCGACAAGACCCACCUCAUCUGCUCACUGACGCCGCGAGUGAGAAAUCCCAGCUUUUCGGACCUGUUCGAAACAGCGGAUGAUCCUGAAGAAGAGCAGAAAAAGCCACGUCGUAGUGCGCGUCAUCAGGCUGAGAAAGAGAGUCCUUUGGAACCGGUGGCCAGUAAAGGGAGACCCCGAAAAUCGGAGACAAAUGCCCAGAAAGUGGCGAAAAAAGACCAAGGUGAAUCCCGUACAGAUUUAGUUACGCCAGAUAAGAAUAGCAGUCGUAUGAUACGUGAAAGUAUUCGAAAGAGUUGCGAUGCGCAAGAAAUAAACUUAGCAGAAGCCCAGGAUAUGAAUCCGCAGCAACAGAAGGAAGCAGAGUCUGGGUCGGAGGCCAAGCCAGAUCAAGAAACGAAACAAAGCGAGGAAACCAAUCUGCCAAUUAGCGAUGAUGAGGCGAUCGAGUCCGAUACUGAGGGCGAUCAAAUGUUCACAAAAUUGCGAAAGACUCCGAAUCUGAGGCGUUUGCGUAAGAGUUUCCGCUCGGAGGUGUUGACCAAACAGCUCCAGGCGACGCCAACCACAGGGACGCCGCCUCCAGUCGAGAGCCAGACCACUCCGCAGCUAAGUCCCAGGAGCAACGAGAGCCAAACACCGGAGCUAAUGAAGAGCUUCUAUGAGCACUCAUUGAUCAUCAACAGUCCGUCGGUAUUUAGUGAUCUCAUAGACAGCCCCCAGCCUUCUCCUGCAGAUGCACCUGUCACGCUGAAGGAUGGCCCCUUUGUCAUUGCUCCCUUGGAGCUGCCACCCACCUACGAUGAAGUGGUUCGCGGGUGCGGUAAGCUGGACAUACCCGAGCACGAGUUCCAGCCGCCCUUCUACAGCAAUCCUGCCGAUGUGAGCAAGGUAACAGAGGUGGGAUUCCUGGUCCUCCACAUUCCCGGCAACAAGCUCAACGACUGCGAUCCCUUUCAAAGCGUCCUGGGCAACGACAAGGGGUUGGCCGCCUGGCGCCGUCAGCAGCUUAUUGCCAUCGGGGGCCCGGCCAUGCUGCAACGUCAUCGGGGCGAACAACGCAUUCGGGAGUACUUCAGCAGUGGUCAGAGGAUUGCCAUUGAGCCGGCACAAACGGCGCCCACCCGCCAGGAGGCCAAGGUCUGGCUGAAGGCGAGGCAGCUGCUCCGGCAGCGGGAGGAGCCAGAGAGAGGCAGCGAUGUCGACAGUCCCAUCAAGGUCAAGCGCCAGAAGAUCACCAUGAUGCUGCAGAAUGAUGACGGCGACGCUGACAACGAGGAGGAUGUGGAUUGUAGCCUCAGCCUCACACCAAUAUCCCAGGAUAAGACAAAAGGAACUCCCAUAAGCAGUAAGGGCCAGGUGUCCUCGCGUUCCAGACGAGGAACCAAACUGAACUUUAUGGCAUCCUUAGACGAAGCAGCGGAACCCCAGCAGAAUACCGACGGAGGCAGUUCCCAGGCCAGCGACCAAAGCAGCGUGUCUAGCAGUGCCGCACAGGCGGAACUGGACCGCACCUCCUUCUUGCGGCAGCUGGACGGCCACCACCAACAGGAGGGGCACCACGAGCUCAGCUUCGGCCUGAGCCACGCCACACUGGACAACACGUUCGGCUUCAAGGUGAACCUGGAGAACCUGCAGCAGGCCAAGGCUGACAUUGAGUGCAACUAUUUGACCAUAAUGACGCUGGAGGUGUUUGUGGCCACGCGAGGGGAGCUGCAACCCGAUCCGAUGCACGACGAGAUGCGCUGUCUGUUCUAUGCCAUCGAGCACAGUCUGCCGGAUGCAGAUGCGGAUGGGUCGCUGCCCAGCAAGGCUUGUGGCUACAUCAUGGUCAACCAUGCCCAGGAUCUGCUCAGCGAGGGACUGAUACACGGCUUGGACAAGGACAUCGAAGUUCAGGUGGUAUCCAAUGAGGCAGAGGCAAUGGAGGCCCUGUUGGCCCUAUGUGCUCGCUGGGACGCCGAUAUUUAUGCCGGCUACGAGAUCGAGAUGGCCUCCUGGGGCUAUGUGAUCGAUCGGGCCAAGCAUCUAUGCUUCAACAUAGCCCCUCUGCUGUCCCGUGUGCCCACUCAGAAAGUGCGUGACUUUGUCGACGAAGAUCGCGAGCAGUUCACCGACCUGGACGUGGAGAUGAAGCUCUGUGGGCGCAUCCUGCUGGACGUGUGGCGGCUUAUGCGCUCCGAGAUUGCCCUCACCUCUUACACCUUCGAGAAUGUAAUGUACCAUAUCCUGCACAAGCGCUGCCCCUGGCACAACCCCAAGACGCUCACCGAGUGGUUCGCCUCGCCCUGCAGCCGCUGGAUUGUGCUGGAGUACUAUCUGGAGCGGGUCAGGGGUACGCUGGCGCUGCUCGACCAACUGGAUCUGCUGGGACGCACCAGCGAGAUGGCCAAGCUCAUUGGCAUCCAGUUCUACGAGGUUCUAUCGCGAGGAUCGCAGUUUCGAGUCGAGAGCAUGAUGCUCAGAAUUGCCAAGCCCAAGAACGUGGUGCCGCUCUCGCCCAGCGUCCAGCAGCGGGCGCACAUGCGGGCGCCCGAAUAUCUAGCGCUGAUUCUGGAGCCUCAGUCCCGAUUCUACGCCGAUCCCCUGAUUGUGCUCGACUUUCAGAGUCUCUACCCCAGCAUGAUUAUUGCCUACAACUACUGCUUCUCCACCUGCCUGGGCCGGGUCGAGCAUCUAGGUGGGAGUUCGCCUUUCGAGUUCGGGGCCUCCCAACUGCGUGUGUCCCGCCAAAUGCUCCAGAAGCUGCUGGAGCACGACCUGGUCACGGUGUCGCCUUGCGGCGUGGUGUUUGUGAAGCGCGAGGUGAGGGAGGGCAUCCUGCCGCGCAUGCUUACCGAGAUUCUGGACACACGGCUGAUGGUCAAGCAGUCGAUGAAGCUCCACAAGGAGAACUCUGCCCUCCAGCGGAUCCUGCACUCUCGCCAGUUGGGCCUGAAGCUGAUGGCCAACGUGACAUACGGCUAUACGGCGGCCAACUUCAGCGGACGCAUGCCGGCCGUGGAGGUGGGCGACUCUGUCGUCUCCAAGGGCCGCGAGACUCUGGAGCGUGCCAUUAAGAUGGUGGAGGCCAACGAGGAGUGGAAGGUGCGCGUGGUCUACGGCGACACGGACUCGAUGUUUGUUUUGGUCCCAGGCCGCAAUCGGGCAGAAGCAUUCCGGAUAGGCGAGGAGAUAGCCCAGGCCGUCACCGAGAUGAGUCCCCAGCCAGUGAAGCUGAAGCUGGAGAAGGUCUACCAGCCCUGCCUGCUACAGACCAAGAAGCGCUACGUCGGCUACAUGUACGAGACGGCCGACCAGGCGCAGCCCGUCUACGAGGCCAAGGGCAUUGAGACGGUGCGAAGAGAUGGCUGCCCGGCAGUGGCCAAGAUGCUGGAGAAGGUGCUCCGCCUGCUCUUCGAGACGGCGGACGUCAGCCAGGUGAAGCAGUACGUCUGUCGGCAGUUCACCAAACUGCUAUCCGGACGAGCCAACCUGCAGGACCUCAUCUUUGCCAAGGAGUUUCGCGGACUCAAUGGCUACAAGCCAACGGCCUGUGUGCCCGCCCUGCAGCUAACGCGCAAGUGGAUGCAGAAGGAUCCCAGGCGGAUACCGCGACGAGGGGAGCGCGUACCCUUCAUUAUCAUCAACGGACCGCCGGGUAUGCAGCUCAUUCGUCUGGUGCGCAGUCCUCACGACAUUCUGGCCAACGAGGGACACAAGAUAAAUGCCAUCUACUAUAUCACCAAGGCCAUUAUUCCGCCUUUGAACCGCUGCCUGCUGCUGGUGGGAGCCGAUGUCAACGAUUGGUUCACCAGCCUGCCGCGCAAGCUCCUCAUGAUGCCCGCCCUAGCCAUGGCCAAUGAGUUGGCCAGCGGUCGGGGCGCCAAGUCUACAAUCUCCCAGUAUUUUUCCACCACCAGCUGUGUGAUCGAUUGCGGCCGUCAGACCAAGGCCGGCAUUUGUCCCGAAUGCCUGAGGGACGCCACCAAAUGCGUUAUCACACUGUCCGACAAGGUGGCGCGCCUGGAGCGCGGACAUCAGUUGACGCAGCAGAUCUGCCAGUCCUGCUGUGGCCGUGUGGGCAGCCUACAGUGCGACUCCCUCGACUGUCCCGUGCGGUACGUGCUGGAGGUGAAGCGUCGCGAUGUCCAGCAGAUUGCACACAUUCGUAGGCUGCUCGAGGAGAAUUUCUAACAAGUGUAUAUGUCGGGCUUUUAUUAUUAUUUGUCAAAGUAACGCAAUUGGUGGAGUACUUGGACAACCGGGGGAAAGAAUGCUCAAGAGUAGCCAGCGCAGACCGUAGAAAAUCAUACACUGAGAACCAUUUUAUAGUCAGUUCAUGCACAUUUAAUUGACCAAAAUACACUGAGAAUAGUCUUACGAUUCAACACUCUAUAUACUCGUAUAUUUUGUUACUUUCUGCGCAUUUAAAAAAGUUAAAAUUACAUACACUUUGUUUGCCAGAUUUCGUACACAUUUAAAAUGGCCCUAGAAACUACUUGCAGGGAUUGUUGCUCUUGUGUGUUUAUAAUACUAGAGGAAAUUGUUAACUAUUGA